AAGCUAGGGCUUUGCUUGACUCGGGAGCGGGGUGCUCCGUAGUGAAGAAAUCAUUUGUAGAAAGAUUCAAAGUACACCAACAGUUUACUGGGAAUAAUAUUUUUGGAGUAGGUGACAUAAAGGUAAAUGUGCCAGGCACGAUUGCUAAGCUUGUAUUCAAACCACGCGGGAAAACAGUGCCUAUCAUCAGUGUAGUAGCUACAGUCAUGUACAGGGUUACGGGAAACAUACCUUAUUAUGAUACUGAGAUCAGGACUCAUUUGGAUUCAUCAAAACUUGAAUUAGCUGACCCUGCCUUGGAUAAAUCGCAGGAUGUGGACAUCAUUCUAGGAACGGAUGUGCUCAAUUAUAUAUACACUGGUUCAAAGAUACUCACUAACAUUCCAGGUGUUGAGGCGUACGGCACCUGCUUCGGUCACGUGCUGAUGGGGGCAACUUGGAAUUACCCAUCAUCAUUAACAACACCGACCGCCGGGACAUCAGUAGAGGACUACGGCAUCCAUGCUACUCGGCUCGAGGACGUCCUAGAAAGGUUUUGGAGAGUGGAGCAGCCCCCCGAGGAGCGGCCGCAACACCCAGAACACCUCGAAUGUGAAAGGUUGUAUACCUCCACUACUCAACGUUUAGAUAAUGGCCAAUUCAUGGUGCGGUUGCCGCUGCGGGCAGACCGACCCAAGCUGGGCGAGUCUAGGGCUCUAGCCAUGCGUAGACUGAUUUCGUUGGAGGCCAGGCUGGCCAAAAAUCCAGUAUUUGCUGAAAAAUAUAAGGAAUUCAUGAGGGACUAUGAGGCACUUGGUCAUAUGUCCAAAUCAGACUUUAAUUUCGAGAGCGAACACUAUGUAAUACCCCACCACGGAAUUUUCAAAAAGGGAUCCGAAAAGAUCCGCGUCGUAUAUAACGCUGCAGCUAACUCAAGCACCGGAGUAUCGCUCAAUCAAUGCCUUCACUCAGGCAAACCGCUUCAAAAUGAUAUCACUCAAAUAUUGUUAAAUUUCAGACGUCAUCAAGUUGUCUUCACGACCGACAUCAGAAUGAUGUUCCGGCAAACGUGGAUACACCCCAGCGAUAGGCGCUAUCAGCUGAUUCUGUGGCGCGAGGAUCCGUCGCAGGAUGUACAGAUGGAUUACAGUGGGAUGAGCCACUGUCCCAUACUCAAGACCUUCAAUGGAAUGAACUCAUUCAAGAUCUACAUCACUUGAGUCAGCUACAGAUUCCGCGGUG